CGAGGAGAAGACAAACAGUAAACAAAAGACGCUGCUUUGCUUUAGCUCUCUCGUCCUCUUCUUCUCUUCGUCGUUCCUCAGAUUCCUACUCAGCGUAACCCAAACCAAUCUUUGACCUUUCUUCUCCAAUGGCACUGCUACAACACUGUUCCGUCUCCGUCAUCUCUGCGGUUCGAUUGAGCUUCUCAUCCUCCGCAUCACCACCGUUGACGACAAGGGCUUCUCUCAAUUUUCACCAGGAGAAGAAGAGUUAUUCCCGGAGAAUGAUAUGCAGAGCUAUGGUACAAGAGGCGGCAGCUCAAGGGAUCCCUUCAGUUUACGCCAGAGAAAUGGAGCGUCUCUCCGCCAAAGAAUCGCUCAUUCUCGCCUUCAAUGAUGCUGGAGGCUUUGAGGCUUUCGUUACAGGGAAGAUCACUGAUCUACAAAAGAUUGAUGUGAAUGAGAGGAUAACUACACUAGAGCGGCUUAACCCUACUCCUAGACCAACCACGUCUCCUUAUCUUGAAGGCAGAUGGAGUUUUGAGUGGUUUGGAUCCAACAUUCCUGGUUCACUUGCUGCUCGUGUUAUUUUCGAGAGGUUUCCUUCGUCAUUUGUGAGUCUAUCAAGUAUGGACAUUGUCAUUAAAGAUGCUAGCACAAGGGCCACCGCCAACGUUAAGCUGUUAAACAUGAUCGAAAACAAAGUCAUCCUGACAUCGAAAUUGACAGUGGAAGGGCCUUUGAGGAUGAAGGAGGAGUAUCUAGAGGGAAUGCUAGAGUCGCCAACUGUUAUUGAAGAAGCAGUACCGGAACAGCUAAGAGGUUUGUUGGGUCAAGCUACCACGACGUUGCAGCAUCUUCCUGAACCUGUUAAGGACACUCUAGCCAAUGGUCUAAGAAUUCCACUUGGUGGAUCUUACCAGAGAUUCUUCAUGAUAUCUUAUCUAGACGACGAGAUUCUUAUUGUAAGAGAUACUUUGGGAGUGCCUGAAGUUCUAACGAGGGUUGAAACAUCGUCUUCAUCGAGCGUUAUAGAGAAUCUUGAAUACAACAGUUAAAAAGAACAGGUCCUUGUGUUCCUCUGUUUAUGUCUAUAAAUGUCAAACAAACUGAAUACAACUUACUAUAUAUCUCUCCGGACACAGAUAUCGUUUCAUUAUCCAUUAUUUAACACUUUGAUAAACGAAAUUAAAGGUUACAUAUGCAUUUAUAAUAAAUUUUAAUAUGUUUUCUUA